AUGAAUUUCAGGUAAGAAUAUAGAUGAUUAAUUAUAGUGCUUAAUUUUGGAGUCAAUUUGGUAUGCUUAUGAAGGAGAAUGGAUUUGAUCGUCAUUUUGAUAACCCAGACUUAUAAUUGACUACUUUAUUGGAUGAUGAUUUAAUAAUAGGUGAAUUCAGAAAUCAAAAUUAGAAAUUAAUGGACUAGUAAUAUAUUGAAUAAUAUGUAGUAUGCAAACUAAACAAGUAGCUGAGUUAGUCAGUUAUUUAACUGAGAUGCCAGUAGAUGAUUCAAAUUCAAAAAGAGCUUUUAGAUAUCCAUUUUAUUCAUGUGAAUUAUUAGUGUGUUGUGAAAAUCCUAAAAUUUUAGAAUAAUUCUUUGGAGAAGAUAAGUAUUAAAAAUAAAAUAUAUGAAUAGAUCCUUAUUGCAUAAAUUAUUUUAAUUUUUUGUUUCAGAUGAAGAUGUAAAUCCUGUAUUAGCAGGAUAUGUAUGUAAUGUAUUAUUUAAUUUGUUGAAAAUGAGAACUGAUAUCUUUCUUGUUGAAUUUUAUCAAUAUUAAAAUUUAGUAGAUGGAUUAAUCAAACAAUUAUAAUCUCGUUCAGUUUCAGAAUUUGUAAUUCGUUUAUUAACAAUUGAAUAAGAAACAUAAAUUGAUUAUACACCUUAAAGACUUCAUUUACUCAAAGGAGUAGUUAAUAGAAUUGUAGACUCUUCAAAUUUUGAAGUAAAUCAUAAUUAAUAUAUAAUUAGGUAUCAACAAAUGUAUCUCAUAUUAUUCAAGAAAUUACUUUAAAGGCAUAUGUAAUUUUCAAAGUAUAACCUCUCUUUGAAUUAUUAUAUGGAGAAUCAAUAGAUCAAUUCUGUUAAUCAAUAGUUCAUGAAAGCAAUUUUGUCUCUCUUGCUUCAGGAACAGCAUUAUAUAAUCUACUCACAUUACUUUAUAAAAUAACAAAUAGGUAAGGUGAUCCAGCUGAAAGUGCAAUAUUUAAUGUGAAUUAAGAGGAAAUAUUCAAUAAAAUAGAAUCUCAUCUAUAUAAAUGGUUAGAGUUUUUAUAAAAAUCAGAAACAUGUACUUUUGGGUAACAUAAGAUAAAAAUUCUUGAAAUUAUUGGAGUAUGCAUAAGUUUAAAUUAAGAAUCUUUUAUUACUAAAUUAUAAGAAUUGGAUAUUUUUAAAGUUUAUAAUUCAUUAUUUAUCAAAUAUGAAAAACAUGAUAUAUUACAUCUAUAAUAUUAUAGAUUUUUAGUACAUAUAAUUGAAUAAAAAAUGGAUAGUUUGGUUUAGAGUGUAAUUAAUAUAUUAUAUAUUAUUUAGUUAUUCAAUCAAAAUGAGUUUAUAUAAUUCUUAUUAAAAUGUACUUAAGAAGUGAAAAAUAAUAAGAAUUAGAGAAAGGAAUAUUUAGGUUUUGUGACAAAAUUGGCUCAUUUUUUAGAGGAGUUUUCAUAAAAAUAUCCAUUAUUGUAAUCAGAAUUAGAGAAUGAAUAAUGGAAAAAAUUUAAGGAUUAAUAUUUUGAUAAGGCUGAGAAAUUGAAUAAUCAUGAAUUAGGUGGUCAUACACGUACUGAUUAUAAUGAAGAUGUUGAUUUUAAUAAAGAGGAAAUCUAAAUUAAAUAUGAUCAUUUUUUGAAAUCUAAUAAUGAUGAGAAAAUGUAAGAUGAAAAUGAAACAAAUAAUCAAAAUUAAUAAAAUAUUUUUGAUUCUUUCAAUAUAAAUAGUAAUGAUUAAUAAUAGAAUGUUAAUGAUGGAUAAUAAUAAUAAGAAUGGGGUAAUUUCUCAUGGGGUGAAGCUCAAAGUUAUUCCUAAUAAGAUGGAGAGAUUAAGAAUAGUGAUAUUGAUUAAUCUUUAAAUUAAUAGAAAACUAUAGUUUAACAUGAUUAUGCAAAAGAGGAGAAGGAUGAUGAAUAUUUUCGAUUUUGGUAAUUAUAAAUUCAUGAUCAUGAUGUAUAUUAUAUUUAAUUAUUAUUAUAGAGUAAAAUACAUGAUGAUGCUUUGUAUGAGUUUGAAAAAAAUUUAUGA